CUAUGAAAUUUUGUAUUAUGUUUCCUAAGGACAUCCCGUAGAGGUAGCAUGUACAAAUGACCAUGUUAUUGUUUCUCUCCCAGCUUGAUUGAUUGUAGUUUCACAAAGGAAACCUGUGCAGAUCUGGCCUCAAUUCUCAGCUUAAAGAACUCAACCCUGAGAGAACUGGACCUGAGUAAAAAUGACCUGUGGAAUUCGGGAGUGAAGGAGCUCACUGAGGGACUGAAAAGUCCAGACUGUAAACUGAAAAAACUCGGACUGUCAGACUGUCGUCUCACAGAGGAAAGCUGGGCUGAUUUGGCUUCAGUUCUCAUGGUAGAGAAUUCACCACUGAGAGAACUGGACCUGAGUAUUAAUACACUGCAGGACUCAGGAGUGAAGAAGCUCUGUGACGGACUGAGGAGUAAAAACUGUAAACUGGAGACUCUGAACCUGUCAGCUUGUGGUCUCACAGAGGAAAGCUGGGCUGAUUUGGCUUCAGCUCUCAUGGUAGAGAAUUCACCACUGAGAGAACUGGACCUGAGUAUUAAUAAACUGGAGGAUUCAGGAGUGAAGAAGCUCUGUGACGGACUGAGGAGAGAAAACUGUAAACUGAAGACUCUGAACCUGUCAGGUUGUGGUGUCACAGAGAAAGGCUGUGAUGAUUUGGCUUCAGCUCUCAUGGUAGAGAAGUCACCACUGAGAGAACUGGAUCUGAGUAUUAAUAAACUGCAGGAUUCAGGAGUGAAGAAGCUCUGUGACGGACUGAGGAGUGAAAACUGUAAACUGGAGACUCUGAACCUGUCAUUCUGUCGUCUCACAGAGAAAAGCUGUGCUGAUUUGUCUUCAGUUCUCAUGGUAAAGAAUUCACCACUGAGAGAACUGGACCUGAGUGAUAAUGAACUGCAGGAUUCUGGAGUGAAGAAGCUCUGUGACGGACUGAGGAGUGAAAACUGUAAACUGAAGACUCUGAGACUGUCAGACUGUCGUCUCACAGAGGAAAACUGUGCUGAUUUGGCUUCAGCUCUCAUGGUAGAGAAUUCACCACUGAGAGAACUGGACCUGAGUGAUAAUGAACUGCAGGAUUCAGGAGUGAAGAAGCUCUGUGACGGACUGAGGAGUGAAAACUGUAAACUGGAGACUCUGAAACUGUCAGACUGUCGUGUCACAGAGGAAAGCUGUGCUGAUUUGGCUUCAGCUCUCAUGGUAAAGAACUCACCACUGAGAAAACUGGAUCUGAGUAAAAAUUACCUGCAGAAUUCAGGAGUGAAGAAGCUCUGUGACGGACUGAUGAGUGAAAACUGGAAACUGGAGACUCUGGAACUGAGUAACUGCGGGAUUACACAUAAAGGCUGUGCUGCCCUGGUUACAGCACUGAAAUCAAACCCCUCAUACCUGACAGAGCUGGAUCUGACCCUGAAUCCACUAGGAGCUUCAGGAGUGGAGCAGCUCAAUAAACUAAAGAACGAUCCGGACUGUAAACUGGAGAAACUACGGUGAGU